AUGGCCAAUAAUUCUAUUAAAUUAUUAGCACCAGACGUCCAUAGAGGUCUAGCUGAAUUAGUCUCCAAGAGGCUGGGUUUACCAUUAACAGAUUCCACUUUGAAAAGAGACCCGACAGGAGAAGUUUCCUUCUCUAUUGGACAGUCCGUUAGAGAUCAAGAUAUUUUCAUCAUUACUCAAAUCGGUUCAGGUAUUGUCAAUGACCGUGUCUUGGAAUUACUGAUCAUGAUUAACGCUUCCAAGACUGCCUCCGCAAGAAGAAUUACUGCAAUUAUCCCAAAUUUCCCAUACGCAAGACAAGAUAGAAAGGAUAAAUCCCGUGCUCCUAUCACUGCCAAAUUAAUGGCGGAUAUGUUAACCACCGCUGGUUGUGAUCAUGUGGUUACUAUGGACUUACAUGCUUCACAAAUUCAAGGGUUUUUUGAUGUCCCUGUGGAUAACCUGUACGCUGAACCAAGUGUCGUCAGAUAUAUUAAAGAAAAUGUUAAUUUUCAAGAUGCUAUCAUUAUAUCACCAGAUGCUGGUGGUGCUAAACGUGCUGCUGGAUUAGCUGAUAGAUUGGAUUUAAAUUUUGCCUUAAUUCAUAAGGAAAGAGCAAGAGCUAAUGAAGUGUCUCGUAUGGUUUUGGUCGGGGAUGUCACAGAUAAAAUUUGCAUCAUUGUAGACGAUAUGGCUGACACUUGUGGUACCUUAGCUAAAGCUGCUGAUAUUCUUUUGGAAAAUAGGGCAAGGUCUGUCAUAGCCAUUGUCACUCACGGUGUCCUAUCUGGUAAUGCUAUCCAAAAUAUCAAUGGUUCUAAACUAGAUAAGGUCGUUUGUACAAAUACAGUUCCAUUUGAAGAAAAAAUGAAAUCAUGUCCUAAACUGGAUGUUAUUGAUAUCAGUGGUGUCUUGGCUGAAAGUAUUCGUCGUUUACAUAAUGGUGAAAGUAUUUCAUACCUAUUUAAACAUCAAUGGUAA